GUGGAGGAGAACCCGAAGCUUUGCCAGCUUUUGCUGCUACAACACCAUCUCUCCCAGACGAAGAUGAGGACUUGAUGGACUUUGAGCCAGCAGUUGAAGUAGAAGGUGCGCCUGAGUGUUAUGACGAGAUGCCAGCGGAAAACAGAUGUGGAAUCAAACCAAAAGGCUUAUCAAUUCGACUGGAAUGCGAAAAAGGACAGUACGUUUAUAUUCAAAGCGCAAGUUAUGGACGAUCACAAGGUGAUGUAGGAUGCGAUGUGCUUACCCCACUAGAGGCAGAUGAGUGUACUUCCGAAACAACUUUGCAAGCAGUUAAAGACAAGUGUGAAGGAAGAAGAUCUUGCGUCGUUCCAUUUCGUCCCAACUUUCAUGGUGGAAAUCCUUGUGGUAGGAGGGUUGAGACGUUUCUCAAUGUGAAAUAUGUCUGUGCAAAAUCAUGUGGAGGAGAACCCGAAGCUUUGCCAGCUUUUGCUGCUACAACACCAUCUCUCCAAGACGAAGAUGAGGACUUGAUGGACUUUGAGCCAGCAGUUGAAGUAGAAGGUGCGCCUGAGUGUUAUGACGAGAUGCCAGCGGAAAACAGAUGUGGAAUCAAACCAAAAGGCUUAUCAAUUCGACUGGAAUGCGAAAAAGGACAGUACGUUUAUAUUCAAAGCGCAAGUUAUGGACGAUCAAAAGGUGAUGUAGGAUGCGAUGUGCUUACCCCACUAGAGGCAGAUGAGUGUACUUCCGAGACAACUUGCAAGCAGUUAAAGACAACUUUUGCUGCUACAACACCAUCUCUCCCAGACGAAGAUGAGGACUUGAUGGACUUUGAGCCAGCAGUUGAAGUAGUAGGUGCGCCUGAGUGUUAUGACGAGAUGCCAGCGGAAAACAGAUGUGGAAUCAAACCAAAAGGCUUAUCAAUUCGACUGGAAUGCGAAAAAGGACAGUACGUUUAUAUUCAAAGCGCAAGUUAUGGACGAUCACAAGGUGAUGUAGGAUGCGAUGUGCUUACCCCACUAGAGGCAGAUGAGUGUACUUCCGAAACAACUUUGCAAGCAGUUAAAGACAAGUGUGAAGGAAGAAGAUCUUGCGUCGUUCCAUUUCGUCCCAACUUUCAUGGUGGAAAUCCUUGUGGUAGGAGGGUUGAGACGUUUCUCAAUGUGAAAUAUGUCUGUGCAAAAUCAUGUGGGGGAGAACCCGAAGCUUUGCCAGCUUUUGCUGCUACAACACCAUCUCUCCCAGACGAAGAUGAGGACUUGAUGGACUUUGAGCCAGCAGUUGAAGUAGAAGGUGCGCCUGAGUGUUAUGACGAGAUGCCAGCGGAAAACCGAUGUGGAAUCAAACCAAAAGGCUUAUCAAUUCGACUGGAAUGCGAAAAAGGACAGUACGUUUAUAUUCAAAGCGCAAGUUAUGGACGAUCACAAGGUGAUGUAGGAUGCGAUGUGCUUACCCCACUAGAGGCAGAUGAGUGUACUUCCGAAACAACUUUGCAAGCAGUUAAAGACAAGUGUGAAGGAAGAAGAUCUUGCGUCGUUCCAUUUCGUCCCAACUUUCAUGGUGGAAAUCCUUGUGGUAGGAGGGUUGAGACGUUUCUCAAUGUGAAAUAUGUCUGUGCAAAAUCAUGUGGAGGAGAACCCGAAGCUUUGCCAGCUUUUGCUGCUACAACACCAUCUCUCCAAGACGAAGAUGAGGACUUGAUGGACUUUGAGCCAGCAGUUGAAGUAGUAGGUGCGCCUGAGUGUUAUGACGAGAUGCCAGCGGAAAACAGAUGUGGAAUCAAACCAAAAGGCUUAUCAAUUCGACUGGAAUGCGAAAAAGGACAGUACGUUUAUAUUCAAAGCGCAAGUUAUGGACGAUCACAAGGUGAUGUAGGAUGCGAUGUGCUUACCCCACUAGAGGCAGAUGAGUGUACUUCCGAGACAACUUUGCAAGCAGUUAAAGAAAAGUGUGAAGGAAGAAGAUCUUGCGUCGUUCCAUUUCGUCCCAACUUUCAUGGUGGAAAUCCUUGUGGUAGGAGGGUUGAGACGUUUCUCAAUGUGAAAUAUGUCUGUGCAAAAUCAUGUAAGUUAUUAUUGUCAAGCAACAACUAUAGUUUUAUUGUCAUAUUGGGUUACUUGCACAUGAAAGGAACACGCAAGUCCACCGUAGCUUUAAAAUAUUACAAUAUAUCAUUUUCAUGCGGGAAAUAA